CAUUUCUCUCCUCACUCCUACUUUCCCCUUUUGUUGCUGUGGAAAUCGACUUGCAAAAAAAAUCUGCAGGUGUCAAAAACCUAGAGAGAGAGAGAGUGCCUUUGGAUCGGCGAUGGCUUCCUCUUCAGAUCGCGAAACCGCUGUUUACGUCGCUAAACUCGCCGAGCAAGCCGAGCGAUACGACGAGAUGGUGGAAUCAAUGAAAAAUGUGGCUAAAAUGGAUGUGGAGUUAACGAUCGAAGAGAGGAACUUGCUGUCUGUUGGGUAUAAGAAUGUGAUUGGGUCUAGAAGAGCUUCAUGGAGAAUAUUGUCAUCAAUUGAGCAGAAGGAAGAGUCCAGAGGAAAUGAGGUGAAUGCUAAGCGGAUCAAGGAGUAUCGCCAGAAGGUUGAGUUAGAGCUCACUAAUAUUUGUAGUGAUAUCAUGACUGUCGUUGAUGAGCAUCUUAUUCCUUCCUGCACAGCUGGUGAAUCAACCGUGUUUUACUAUAAGAUGAAAGGGGAUUACUAUAGGUAUUUGGCUGAAUUUAAGGUAGGUAACGACAGGAAUGACGUUGCUGAUCAGUCACUGAAAGCAUAUGAGUUGGCUACUAAAUCUGCUGAGACUGAUCUGCCUCCAACACAUCCUAUUCGCUUGGGGCUGGCUUUGAAUUUUUCAGUCUUUUACUAUGAAAUUUUGAAUUCCCCUGAAAGGGCGUGCCAUCUUGCAAAGCAAGCUUUUGAUGAAGCUAUCUCUGAGCUUGAUACGUUGAACGAAGAAUCGUACAAGGAUAGCACCUUAAUCCUGCAACUGCUUAGGGACAACCUCACACUGUGGACCUCUGACAUUCCAGAGGAUGGAGACGAAGCACAAAAGCAGGAUAAUACCUCCAAGCCUGGAGGCGAAGGUGCACUUGCUAAGUGAAAAGUCGAUGAUUUGUCGAGGAGAUAUGCGUGUUUGGGGUCGAAGUAGAUACAUUGUGUUUAUGUUUGUGUAUUGAUACUUUGUUCAGUGGUUGUGAAUGAUGCUGUUGGCUUGUGGUUUGUUUUAUUGUUGUGGGAUUUGAUGUGGCGUAUAGGUGGUUUAAUUUUAGUGACUACCUUAGCCUAGAUGUGUUUAUUUGAAUUAACUCAACAUAUCAUUAUUUUCGUCUCCACCAAACUUUUCAUUUGAA